AUCACACAGCACAGAAUUAACAAAGGAGAACCAACUAACAGCUCCUGGAAAGAGCCAGGAUGCACCUCCAGGAAGACCACAUAACCUCCAUUGUAGAAUAUUCAGACACAGGGGCACCUUGGUGACUCAGUUGGUUAAGCAUCUGACUUCGCCUCAGGUCAUGAUCUCACAGUUCUUGAGUUCGAACCCAGCCUCUGGUGAGCUUGAGCCCACUUCGAGUAAACGCAGGCCCCGCUUCAGGUCUCUUGCUGAGCCCAGCGACGGAGGCGGCAGUAGCAUUCCAGACCCAGCCAGACCUGUGGGCAGAGGUUGAAUCGCUGCUGGAACCCUGGGCCAACGUGACACUGACUUGCCAUGCCUGUCUGGAGACCAUGGAUUUUGAGCUGUUCAAGGAUGGGGUAACCCAGAAACUUGUGCACCUUGGUUUACCUGCUAUGGAGCACCAGUUCCCCCUAGGACCAGUGACAAGUGACACCCAGGGCCUGUACCGCUGCCGCUCUGGCUUGAGCAGCGGAUGGACCCAGCUGAGCAAUCUCCUGGAGGUGACUGGGGCAGAGACCCUGCCCCCGCCUGUGCUCUCAACGGAGCCUGUGUCCUGGAUCACACCUGGCCUGGAGACAAAACUGCUGUGCCGUGGGGGAUUUCGGGGUGUUACCUUCCUGCUGAGGCUGGAAGGCGAUGACCAGUUUUUGGAGGUGUUUGAGGCCCCUACAGGCGUGGAGGCCACCUUCCCAGUCCGUCGGCCUGGCAACUACAGCUGCAGCUACCGCACCCAUGCAGCAGGUGCACCCUCUGAGCCCAGUGCUACUGUGACAGUCGAAGAGCUGGGCGCACCGUUGCCGCCCACGCUGAGUCUCCAGGGAGAGUCUGCAACCGCCGUCCUGCACCCGGGUGUCCGCGCGACCUUGGUCUGCGUGGCGCCCCUAAGCGGCGUGCACUUCCAGCUGAGGCGGGGCGAGGAGGUGCUGCAAGUACCCAUGAGCUCCACCAGCCCAGACCGCGUCUUCUUUCACCUGAACGCGGUGGCUCUGGGCGACGGCGGUCUCUACACCUGCCGCUAUCAGCUGCGUGGCCAGCAAACCUGGUCCUUGGACAGUGCGCCCGCCGAGCUGCUGCUGAGCGACGAGACGCUCCCCGCGCCGGAGCUCUCGGCCGAACCCGCGACUCCGCGGCCGGCGCCCGGCGCGUCCCUGCAGCUGCGGUGCCGCGCGCCCCGGCCCGGCCUGCGCUUCGCCCUGGUGCGCGAGGACGCCGGCCAGCGCCGGGUGCACCGAGUCCUGAGCCCCGCGGGCACCGAGGCCCACUUCGAGCUGCGCGACAUCUCGGCCGCGGACUCGGCCAACUACAGCUGCGUCUACGUGGACACUGAGCCCCCCUUCGCGGGCUCGGCGCCCAGCGCGCCCUUGGAGCUGUGCGUGGAGGGGCCCGCUCCCAGGCCCCAGCUCCGGCCCCUGUGGCGCGGGGCGGUGACUCCGGGCCGCGACGCCGUCCUGCGCUGCGAAGGCCAGGUGCCGGACGUCACAUUCGAGCUGCUGCGGGCCGGUGAAAAGGAGGCUUUGACCCAGACCCGGACCGCCCACCGCUCAGCAGACCUUGUGCUGACCUACGUGGGGCCGCAGCACGUGGGCAACUACAGCUGCCGGUACCGCAGGUCGUGGCCCAAAGUCUUGGUGUCGGAGUUCAGCGAGCCGGUGGAGCUCCAGGUGGCAGGAAGUUGAUGCAGCUGCAGACUCAGGAUGUUAAUGGUAUCCUUGGCGAGUAUUUUCUCCCUUCUGGCACUGAUCCCUCAUGCUGCAGCUGGAGGCUGGACUCACCCCGGGGGUGCUGGAGGACUGUCCCUCAUUCCUCCUGGGAAUCAAUAAAUGUGAAGAGAGACUUUAA